CGCGUCGAAUCCACGUUCGCGUUGGUUGCGCCGUCUUUCUCGGCAUUUUUUGCUCCGUGUCCAGCAGAUCAGCCAGAACAACUGUGUUCUCGAGAAUCUCGAGUAUCAAGUAUUAUUCUGAUACGCCGUCGUUUACGUUUUAUGUGCAUCGAUCGUACCAAUGGAUUUAGUCCGAAUAUAGUAUGUACUUGAUACGCGUACUAAACGGUCGGUGUAAACUAACAAUAAGCCAGACAGUCCAAACACAGCCACCCGCAGCCCGCAGCAGCGUCCGGCGUCGUGAUCAUUGGUGAUUUCGUCGUGCGUUUUAUUGCGUCUUUAUCGCGUGCGCGAACGUGUAGGCGCGCGCGCGCGCCUACAGAUCUUCGUCAUGCCGCUCACGAGAUAAUGCUGGGUAGGCUACGGGCUGCUGCUCGACGACCGUGUUCCGACGUGACGUUGGACGAGAGCGAAAGCGACGAGGUUAGGCACGCGCGAUUUAUAUCAAUCUUCGAUCGACGUGUCAAACACGAACGCAAAUGGCCGCUGCCGAAGAGGAUGUGUCCACACUCGGCGAGCGGAUUGACGAGCUGAGCAUUUCCGCGACGGAAGACGACGAGACGACGGCGGCCAGGACCGACGGCAAUGACGUGGACGUUACGACGAGGAGUUGCGAGCCGCGGCUCUGGGGCUUCGAGACGCGAGAGCUUUACAAGCUCGCGAUCAAUUUCUACAAAGAGAAAGAAGGCAAAGCUGUCCAUCUCUCUUACGAGGAUAAACUGAAACUGGUGGCGUUCACGCAACAAGUGACGCAUGGAAAAUGUACAGCUGAAAAUGCACCACCAUUAGGUGUCCUGGACAUGAUCGGAAGAGACAGGCGCUUGGCAUGGCAAAAUCUGGGAUAUAUAUCGAAGGAGCAGGCGAUGGAAGGAUUUAUAGUAUUGCUGGACAAACUUUGUCCUUUAUUCAGAACUGUAGUUGAAGCGCAAAAAAGAGAUUUUGAAGAAAAGCAACGGCUUAAGAGAGAAGAGGAGGCCAAAAAACUGGAAGAGGAAAAGAAACUUAAGGAGCUAGAAGAGGAGAGGAAGAAGCAGGAGGAAGAGAGAUUGAAGGAGGAAACUCAAAGGAGGCAGAUUCAGGAUGCUUUGAAUCAACAAACGUAUUAUCAGUUCAAAAUAUACGCUGAGCAACAGUAUCCUGGCAAUCCAGAGCAGCAAGGCGUUUUGAUUAGGCAAUUACAGGAACAGCAUUAUCAUCAGUACAUGCAGCAACUUCACCAGAACCAGUUAGUUAUUGAGGACCAAAAUGAGGAGGAAGAAGAGGAAAAGGAGAAGACGAAGAAAAAGAGCGUCCAAUCGGAAAAUGUGACGUGCAAAAAUGACGAUAACGACGAUGACGUCAACAACAAGGAUGACACGAACGAAAAUGUGAAUGAUGAAGAUUCAGAUGAGGUGGAGGACUGGCCGCCCAUAACUCCUGCAGAGAUGUGGACGAGAAAGGGCGUGGAGGAAUUUAAGCAGACCAUCAAAAGGGAAACGGGCGACGCGGUCAUCAAGGUCGGCCACGGGGAAACCGUCACGGUGCGAGUACCGACGCACGAAGACGGUACGUGUCUGUUCUGGGAGUUUGCAACAGACGGUUACGAUAUUGGUUUCGGGGUUUAUUUCGAAUGGUCGAAACCAGAGACGAAUCAGGUGUCCGUAUACAUAAGCGAGUCGGAAGAAGACGAGGACGAGGAGGAGUACGAACCGCGGGAAGAUCUAGAGAGCGGGUCGGUGAAUGGUAACGCCCGACCUGAACGUAGAACAACUACCCCACCUAUAAGCGUUAUAGUACCCAUAUAUAGGAGAGACUCGCAAGAGGAGAUUUACGCUGGAAGUCAUCAAUAUCCAGGCGAGGGAGUAUAUCUUCUGAAGUUCGACAAUUCAUAUUCGCUUUGGCGAAGUAAAACGCUUUACUACCGAGUGUAUUAUACGCGGCAGGGUUUCAAGAAUAAUAAUAAUUAGUCUUUACGUUGCAUAUCGAGACGUGAUGUAUAACGAGUACAUGUUGUUGAGCACUAGCCUUGGCAUAAUCGUCUACUGAUAAUGCUAGUCCAACUGAAUAAAGAAUCCCAUCUGUCCUAUUUGUUUAGUUCGCGCGAAAGCAACAAAACUGUUCACAUACAAAGAAAAUAUAUAUUUAUUAUAUAGUUAAGUAAGAACACGAUAUGUUCUGUAAAGUGGCAAAAGUGUGUGCGCGAGGAGAAAACGGAUUCUAGACUGUCCUCGAGAGGUGAGAAUUCCUAUGAGGCGUAUGUGUCAUAUGUAAAUUGGCAAUCGACUCUUCUACGUGCAUAAUAUUGCGUACCUGCGGCGAUUUUUGCGUACACCAUUCCUCGACGCAGGUGUCGUCAUCUCUUCGCGAUUUUUGACGAAAUUUUCAAGUGUUCGUAUCGGCGCGCCAAUCUUUAUGUAUACAUGAUGGUCUCUGUUUUAAAACGAAGGAUAAAGGCUGCGUUCCGAUAUUCACCGCCAAUACUAAAAAUCUAUAGUUUACGUCACAUACAUUAUAUAUUUUCAGUACUGGCAGUGAGUAACGGAACACUGCGUGUACACGCACGUUGUAUAUCUGUAUUAUCUAUGUGAAUACUGGCUUGUGGAAUGUUUUUUGCGACUCGAUGUUGUACAAACUUUAUCACCUAGCUUAGUUCACUGUCAUAGCUUUUAUUAAAAUUAUCUUAUUUUUCUUUAAAUAUAGCAGCAGAAUGCGCA